AUGACGGCCAUCCGCACCAGCGGCGGGCUCCAUGUCUCGGCCAUGGACCCGCGCGAGUACGCGCAUGCGACGCUCGCCAACGGCCUCGACGUCGUGCUCAUAUCGGACCCGGCGACGGAGCAGGCGGCGGCGGCCAUGACGGUCGGCGUCGGCUUCCUCUCGGACCCGGACGACCUCCCGGGCCUCGCGCAUUUUUGCGAGCACAUGCUCUUCCUCGGCACCGCCACGUACCCAGACGAGAACGCGUUCCAGAACUUCAUCAGCGCGCACUUUGGCACGACGAACGCGUACACGACGUCGACGCGGACGACGUUCUACUUUGACAUUGCGCCGACGCAGCUCCGCCAGGCGCUUGACUACUUUAGCGCCUUCUUCACGUGCCCGCUCUUCACCGAGUCAGCGACAAACCGCGAAAUGCAAGCGGUGCACGCGGAACACUGCGCGAAUCUGCAGAGCGACGUGUGGCGCCACCAGCAAGUGCUCCGCGCCAUCGGCAACCCACGGCACGCGUACACCAAGUUUGGCACGGGCUCGUUCGAGACGCUCAACCAGCCGCAUGUCCGCGACGCGCUCUUGACCUACUAUGCCAACUACUACACGGCCGGUCGCAUGAAGCUCGUCAUUGUCGGCAAAGAAGAUGUACAGACGCUGCAAGCCAUGGCCACGGCUCUCUUCAGCGACAUUCCUGCGUCUGAAGCGUGCAAUUGUCACCCUGGUUGCCGCAACUUGGCCGAGACCGCCUCCAGUCCAUGCCCGAUCCUCUUCAACGUCGACGGCGAGCAGCCGUACGCGCCGUCGCAGCUUCGCCGCCAUGUCAAGAUCGUCCCGGUGAUGGACCAGCAUCUCGUGCACCUUCUGUUUCCUGUCCCGCCGCUCUCGCCAACUGUCUAUGGCGUGGACGCGCAUACUCUCUUGGGCGAACUCCUCGGCCACGAAGGCGCCGGGUCGUUGCUUGCCUACUUCAAGGCGCAGCACUGGGCCAAUACGCUCUCGGCCGGUGUCUUCAACGACGAGGUCGAGUGGACGUUCUUCACCAUCUCGAUCGACUGCACCGACGACGGCCUCGCGCAUCUGGACGAGAUGGUGGCGCGCACGUUUGAAAUGAUUGCUCUCGUGCGCACGGAUCCGCUUCCCGCGUUGCGCUGGCGCGUGCGCGAGUACCUCGCGCUUCUUCUGCUCGACGUUCAGUUUCACGAGAAGGAGGACCCGUCGAGCUACUGCGCCCACCUCGCGUCCCGACUGCACUUGUUUCCACCCCGGUUUUGCGUCACGGGGGACCUCGAUGAGACGGAGCUCAACGUGGCCGACUACGACGCGACUUUAGCGGCGCUUGUGCCGUCCAACCUCCUCCUCGUCUCGGUCAGCGCGGGAUACGCGUCCAGCGCGACGAGCACCGAGCCUUGGUAUGGCACCAAGUACAGCGUCGAGGCGCUCGAUCCGGCGCUGCUCGACGCGUGGGCCUGUGCUUCGCCACACCCCGACAUGGCGCUGUACAGCCCCAACGCCUUUAUCCCAAACGAUCUCUCGAUGGUGGACUUGGCGAACGAGUCGCCGACCCCGACGCUUUUGCGCAACGACGCGCACUGUCGGUGUUGGCACGUCGUCGACUACACGUACAAGCAGCCCAAAGUCUACCUCUCUCUCCGGUUCACGUCGGGGGCGCUGAGCAUGAACCCGCACUCGUCCAUCUUUACGGAUGUAUAUGUCGAAUGCAUGCACGAAGCUCUCAAUGCUAUCGCGUACGAUGCGUCGCGCGCCGGCCUCAGCUACCACUUGCACGAAGGCGUCACGUCGCUGACGCUGACGGUCGAUGGCUUUCGCGAGACGGCGCCCAAGCUGACGCGCCACAUUCUUGAGACGAUGACGUCAUGCGCUGUCUCGGAGGCGCUGUACCUCCGCGUGCACGAGUCGCUGCGCCGCAAGUACGACAACCUCGAGAGCGCGAUGGACCCGCAGACGCACGCCGAGUGGGCGUCCAAGGAGCUGCUCUACGCCUACUUUGCCAGCGUCCCCGACCUCGCGACGGCCAUCACGACGUGGACGUUCUCGGAAUUUCAGUCGAUGGCGCGCCACCUCUUCCGACAGUGCCACAUCACGGCGCUCGUACACGGCAACCUCUCGGCGGCCGCCGCCACCGAGUGGCUCGACGAUAUCCAGGCGCACGUGCAAGCGACGCCGUCGGCCGCGUUGCCGCUUGAUUUCAUGAGCUACUCGCGCAUCGUGGCCCUGCCGCCCGCGUCCACCUCGAUCUACAAGGUGGCGGCGCGGAAUGCCGAGAACACGAACUCGGUGGUCCGGGCGUUGUAUCAGAUCACGCCGCUCACGGCGGCACUCGCGCCGAAUGCGUACUGGACCAACUGCGCCGCGCUCUUUGCCCAGCUCACAAUGGACCUCUGCUUUGCCACGCUGCGCACCGACGAGCAGCUGGGCUACACGGUCUACAGCGGACUCGCGACGAUGGGCAACAUAUUGUACUACUCGGUUGUCGUCGAGUCGUCGACGUACAGCCCUGCGUACGUGCAAGGGCGCAUCGACGCCUUCCACGCGCGCUGCCGCCAGUUCCUUCUCGAUCUCCCGCUCGCCACGUUCCAAAAACACAUUCAGACGCUGGUCCAGUCGUGGCUCCAGGGGCCGACGACGCUCGUGCAGGAGACGUCGCGGGUAUGGACCAACAUCUUGCUGCAUCUGCCGCCACGUAUUACGAACGCCAACGACGCCAUGCUGCUGCAGACGCUGCACUUGGCCGACGUCGUCAGCUUCUACGACACCUUUAUAGCACCGGGGGCCGCCGCCAUGGUCGCGGUCCAUGUCCACGGCCGCGCGUUCGUCGACGCCGUUGACGCCACCGACGACAAUACGAUCUCGUCCGUCGCGGCGUUCAAAGCGUCCAAGACCCUCUUUCCUCGUCCCAGCAUCAACCCGCACGGGCAAGUGACGUUCGAGAAGACUGCCGUCAAGUGCUGGUCGACCUAA